GGUGAUAGUGACACCAUUUCUCUCUCUCUCUCUCUCUCUCUCUCUCGCUCUCGCUCUCUUUCACAUACACACACCAUUCAAAAGUUAUAGCAAAGUCUCUCAGCUCCAACAGGCGACCAGCUGUCGACCGCUAACUUCAGCUCGUCCACCCCCCCUCCCUCCAAGGGUACUGGACUUGGUCUACCUCUCUCUCUCUCUCUCUCAUACUCACACACACACACUGACUCACUCACUCACUCACUCACUCACUCACUCAGCCACUCAUUCAGUCCAAAUCUCAGCACCCUCAGCUGUCAGAGAAGAGCCAGAGGAAUAGAGGAAAGCCCCUCCAGCACACUUUCGUCUCCCUCUCUCUGCCGCUGUGUCAGCCAGCAUGUGGAUUGUGCUCUGCCUUGGACUCACCUUUGGAUUACUGGCCUCCUCUUGGGCGGGCUCCACUCAAGAGGUGAAGGUACGUGGUUGCAGUCAUAGGGGUGUUUACUAUAUUCAGGGUAAUGAUCGGCACACUUUGAAUUUUACCGACGCCCAGCAACUAUGUGAGUCAUUGGGAGCAACACUGGCCAAUGCUACACAAAUGGCUGCCGCCUAUGGGACAGGCAUGGAGAUCUGCAGGUACGGCUGGAUCCACGAUGGAAACGUCUCCAUUGUUCGCCAGAGGGCAAACAUCUUGUGUAGAGCCAACCAGACGGGCCUUAUCAUAUUCAAACCUACAACUGCAACUUAUGAUGCUUUCUGCUACGACGACACAGACAUGUCAGAUAAAAACUGUACACUGGCAAUCAACCUUGAAUCUACAGCAGAUCCUGUACCAACCAAGAAAGACAUCACCACAGUCUCAACCUCUACUGUUAAUGAAGAUAACCCUGAAGAUAGUCCAACUGAGGAUCACACUGCAGGGAACCAAGAUAUAUUCUCUGAUAAUACUACUUCCACCAUUGACCCUCAUGAUACAGAGAAGCCUGCUCCAGUCACCUCAUCCAGUGAAUACAAGGAAGAAGGAGAGAUUCAGACUACACAGUUCUCCACCCUGUUGGAGACCACUAAGCCUGUUGGAGACGCUAAAGGUCUGAUCACAGAGAGUCCUCCUCAGACUGAGCCAAAGACUCAGCAAACAGUGAAGGAAGAUUGGCCCACCACCUUAGUGCAGACCACGGGCUCAGGUAUGGGGGAGCCAUUAUUCACCCUGGGGUCCACAGUGUCACUGGACACAGAAUACACCUCCAUGGGUGCAACUGCACCGGUCACUGGAGAUGGUAACUCACAUACUUCAGAGGAUGUGAAGGAGGGGAGGAUGGGUGCACCAGCAGAGGACAAGUCGAAUAGUAGCUCGUCAGACUGGCUGAUCAUAGUGGGUGUGAUUGCGGCCGUUGUUGCCAUUAUUCUCGUCUGUGCUGUUGUGGCAACAAGGAAAAGGUGGUGUGGUAAGCAUCAGACUCUGAUGAUCACCUCGAAGAGCAACAGUGAGGGGAACGGCACAGCAGCCUCAGCAAGCAGUGCCCGUGCCCAAGAGAGAGAGCAGGAGAUGGUGACGCUCAUGCACAAAGAGAAGAUCCAGGAGAACGGCAACACUGAGGAGUUUACUGUCAUCACUCUGGAGGAGUCACCAGAGAAGAACCAGCAGGCAUGAGAGAAAGAGAGAGAGAAAGAGAGAGCGAGAGGUAGGAGGUAGGAUGUGAGUUAGGAAGGUCAUGGUUUAUAUGUUGACCAGGGAGAGAGAAGCUGGUUGGUUUAGUGCAGACUGGUCUGGUCUGGAAAGCAAUGGACACUCUGAUACUGAUACGAGAUAAGGGUCGAGGGUGUCUGCAAGGGCGGGGGUGAAUUUGUUUGUCAGUUCAAAUGUCUUUGUCAGUUUUUUGUUUUUCUUGUGAUAAUGACAGUGAUUCCUCUUUGAUAACUGUACUCCACCACCUGAAAAGGGACAACGUCUACUUAAUGGCUUAAAUUUGGAUGUCAGACAAAGGAAAAAUGCAGCACUUCUCUAUAUUCCAACAUAGGAGAAACUUCUGUAUUUCACACUGAAGCUGCCUUUCAUAUUUGCCUUUCAUAGUGAGAGGCCUUGAUGAUAAAGGUCAGGCUUGCAUGAACUGGUUCAUGCCCUUAGGCAGGAUUCAGCUGACUUUCCAAACCUAAGCUUACAUAGAUAAGAGAAGGUGAUUAGAGUUGAGUCUAGAAAUCAGCACUUAAGGCAGAUUUGACUUAGACUGCCUAAUUGCAAGCAGAUAAUGCUGCCUACACACACAAAAAGCUUUCAGAUAGCUGCUAAAAAUGCUAACAACUCUCAUUUAAUCUCAGCUUUGUGCAUGCAAUCUCACAUCUUACUUUCUCUGGCCUUUCAUUAAAGAAGCUUUGUUUAUGAAUGACACCAGUCACUGUAUCCUAAUGCAAGCGAUACUGAAAUCUGAUCUCUCUAUGACAAUCUAGGAUGCUACACGUAACUUGCUCUGAUGGGAUUUUGUUCAUCAUUAACAGAUUAUAUUCAAAUCUAAACUUUAUGAUUUCUGAAAUCCCUUAAAACUUUACUGUAACAUUAUGUUAUGCUUUUGGCUUUUGGGGGUGCAGGAUAGUCUUAUGGGGAGGGGGGCUAAUGUAAAAUUGUAAAUAAGGGCCAGUAAAGUGCUGGCCUUUUUUCUGCUGAGUGUUAGAUAUGAGACAAGAAAGGCUGCUAGUAACUGGAGAUGAUCAUUUUGAGUGGACAGUGAUGAUGCAGCCCGCUGACGUGUGUUUUAGAGUCUUUCUGUCUCACGUGUUUUUCUUUACGUAAUAACCUUGUGUAAGUUUUUCUUUUGUUUCUUUUGUUUGGUUCCUGUGGAUGGGGAUAUACUUUUUUCCUUUCAAGGGAACGAGAUGUUAUUAUUUUAAUUUAUGCUUUUUUGAAUGUUAAGUGUAUAUACCACAAUGCUUAUUUACCAUAGACUUUAAGACUGGAUGUCCUGAAAAGUAUGGUAUUGCUUUGUUUUACAGUUGUGGUAAAUUUAGAGUGGUACCACUUUAAGUUCUAGGUAUUAACUAGAGAAGUGUGAGGUACAAAUGCCAAAGUGCUAGUUAAGUAUUUGAACUACAUAAUGGUAAGUUCCAAGGUAGUCUAACUAAAUUACACUGAAAUGCAGAAUAGGUUGUCUAUCAGUGGGUAAGUGUGUGGUACAAACCACACUUUUGGGUAAGAAGUAGCAGGUUGUCAUUAGAUAUAUUGAAAAAAAAAAGAACGUGAAUAUAACACGAAAAGUCUCAUAUAAUGUAAAGCUGUCUAUUAGCUGAAUCUGGGCUAUAAAAUGAAGCAGUGGUUCUUAAUAUGGUUCCACUCUGUCCCUAACAUUUACUUCAGAGAAGUAUCUUUGUAUUUUUUUGUAUUUUGCAUUUUGUACUUUAGAAAACUAUCUUUGUAAUUUUUGCUGUCAUUUUACUCUCUAUAACUUGGAGUACUUACCAUCUCGUCACUCCAAAUAUUUAUGAGGCAUUUUUGUCCUUUGUCAGCUUAAGAGCUAAAACAUUUCAUUGUAGUUUAGUGCUUUUCAUCAUUUUAUCCAAAAAUAAUUCCUCAGCACUUGGAGAUUGUACCCCACACUCACUCAGUGGAUACCUAGAACUGGUUUGGCAUUUAAGUGAAACUUAGUUAAACUUUCUUAGAACUUAUCAUCAUAAUCACCAAAAUAACGAUCUAGUUCUUUGGAGUUUGUACCUGACGCUUACCUACUUAAUACUUAGAACAUAGGAAACAGUUAAAUAAAGUGUUACUAUAACCACACACACACACACACACACACACACACACACAUUUUCUAAGACACUUAUCCUUCUGGGUCGCGGGGGGUGCUGGAGCCUAUCCCAGCGGUCAUUGGGCGGAAGGCAGGAAACACCCUGGACAGGUCGCCAGUCAUUCCCAUAAUAAUUGUAUUCUAAAUUUUAUUAAAAUAUCAAUCAUCUUUCUUUUACCAUUGUAUUAAUUGCCUUAAUCAGUUUAAAUGUAAACCCAUUUAACAUCAUAUUGAUGAUGUAUUAUGUGAGAACUACUACUGAUUUGUUUGUAUUUUUAAUGCUCCAAAAUUAUGGUAUCAAAGAACAUGCUGGUCCAAGAAAAGCUAUUGAAGAUUCAUGUGUCAUCGCUCUUAUCAUGCAUAUGCAAUUUACAUUUACUGACUUUGUGACCACGUUACCAACAAUGCAGGAUGCUUCACUUUGUUAUAUUAAGAUGAUAGAAGAAUUAAAUGAUGUUGCUUCCUAGUCAUGCUUUGCACAUUACAGUGCCUCCAAAGGCUCAGAGCAAAUGUAUAUAUUUCCAUGCAUAAGCUUUCUUUUUCUAUUUCAAGGCAUUGAGAUAUCAUGAAACGAAAAACAAAAAACAAUAUCUAUCACUCCAUUAGACACAGAAUUCCAUUUCUUUUUUCCCAUUGUUUUUCCUUCUGUGUUGUUGUGCUGACAUGCAUCUCUUGGACUCUACUUUGUAUGAGGGAGAAUAGCAAAUGUAGUAGUGGUAGGAGUGUGUAACGAGUGUGUACAAUGAUAAAUAACAGAUGAUUAUAAAGUACAAAAAUCAAGUUGUGUCCCAAAUGUAAUAAAAAUGUAUAUAGGUGUUUGGGGA